ACAGAUGUGUAGCAUUCAACCACACGGGAAUUUCAGCACGAGAGUGAAAGUCGAGUCAAAGUGACAGACUGCCCAUUGCCUGGUCAUUUCCUCGGGGUUGCUAGCGCGCGUGGAAUGGGGAAGCCUCCCCUCGCGCCUUGAACCAGCCAACUCUGCAAACUACAGAAACAUCUGCUCACGUCGCGAGCCCAGCCUCCCUGACGUAGGAGGGAAAUACUGCAGGAUCAGACCCAAAAAGAACUUCCUCAAAAUACCUCAUAUUGUUCUCCGCUGGAUAGACUUUCCCGAAAACAACUGGAUUUCUCAUUUUAUAGCUGUGAAGUCCCCGCUUGCAGCCAUGAGAUGCAGCAUAAAGCUGGCGUAUCUCCUGCUCUACAACCUGCUGCAGUUCUCUGGUACCACCUGGAUAUUCACCAACAUGACGGCCAGGCUAUUCUUCUUUGGCAGAGGAGCCCAGGUGGACAUCUUCUACUCCGUUGGCCUGGUGAUGAGUGUGUGUCAGCUGUUGUCCCUGUUGGAGCUGUUCCACAUCGCAGACGACAUCGAGAAGGGACGACUACUGCCACGCUUUAUACAGGUGAUGGAGAGGAAUCUGUUGCUGUUCGUGGUGUUUGUGGGUCAAGAAGACUUCCAGAGUCAAUGCAUCGUGUGUGUUCAGCUCUACUUGUGGAACAUACUACAGCUGCUCAGGUAUCCUCAUGGUCUACUGUGUCUGGUCAGCUCCCCCACCAGCGCCACACACUGGGGCAGAUACACACUCAUCAUACCCGUCUACAUAGCCUCCGUCCUCGCAGAAGGGGUCAGUAUUUGGCAGGCGCUGCCCUACUUUGACAGAGGGAUGCAUUCGAUACAUCUCCACACUACUGUCAACGUGCGCUACCUGCUCCUGGCCUACCUACCUAUACUGGCCAUAGCCUCCAGUGUGACGGUGAGCUUCAUGCUGAAGGAGAGGAAACAGCAGCUGGACAUCUGGAACAAAAAGCUAAAGAGGAAGUGACAUCACAACCACCCUUCCUAUCUGGGCCACCUCUGGAACCAGAGUGGAGAAUGGCAGCAACAGGGGCGGUGGCCACUGUGGAAACCAUUGCGGUCACAGUGGAAACUAUUGUUAUUGGGCCACUCACUGUACCUGAGAAGCACGCUGGCCAGACAAACGAACAAUUAUAUUCCUGCAACAGGAAUUACUUUUGUUUCGUUUUUAUUUGGACUUGCCUGUGUUUUAGGAGAAAGAGUGUGAGAGGGAAAUGAGAUGGAUGGACUGAUAUUGAGAUCAAGUAUAUGGAUAUUUUUGUAAACAGCAUCAGGACCUUGUGUUUACAUGUAAACAGAGUUUUAGCUCCCUAAAACAGACAUUUGUUAAAUGGAGAUUUUAAAAAGGUACCUGUCACAAUAGUGUUUUUUCUACACUUAUCAUGCAAAUGGGAUGAAAAUAUGUACAGAAUAAAACAAAAAUCAAACAAAAAAACUGCUAAAAUGGAUGAAACCUGUCAACAGUGUAACUAAGGCCUGAGUCAUGAAGCUAAGUGGCUAAUCUGGAGCCAAUUGUACAUCCAUCAUUCAUGUGAAAACAUCUCAUAAUUUGAUUGUAAUGUAAUGGCAAUGAUCACACGCUUUUAUCAAAAUCCUUCAAUUCUCUCUGCUUAGCACAUUUAGACAUUUAGAUUUUAGCCCGAAAGCUUGGUGAGCCUCAUAUUUCGCUAGUAGUUUUCAGGCCGACAAGAACAAGUGGACAAGUUACAUUUGGAACUUAAGUGCUUACCUGCGAACGUCCCGUGUUCAUACUGGGCUCAGAACUUUUGUGAAUGUGACCAUAGUCUAUUUUCCACAUACCGUGCCGGUAGGCUAUGUGCCAUGUCGUGUCGAGCUGAGUGUUGCUGUUAAACUAGCCUGAUUUGUGUUUCCAUUACAAACCGUAUUACCCUGAGUAUGUUAGGAGUAACGUUUUUGGGUUGUCACGUAGCAUUACUUUACGGGACGACAGAUCUAUCUAUUGGUUCUAGGCUAUACAUAGUUUAAGUGAUAUCAUAUUUGGAUAAUACAAUGUUGAUUUUCUGCCUUCGAUUUUAAUAUCCAUGUAAUGAAGUGUCAAAAUAAAGAGACGUCUAAGUUAGUUGAUCGAGUGCCUGCCAUGAUUGUUGUUUGAUUCACUGGUGAAGGCGAGCUGACGCACUGAAUUCUGGGAAGUAGGCAGCGACAGCACCCACUCCGGUCAAAAGUACGAGGGCUGGUUUUCAAGCUGCGCCGUGCUGUACUUGCUAUUCGAAGCGUAAUAGACUGCGGCCGAAACGUACCGUGUUGAGCUGUACCGGGUGGAAUAAGGCAGCGGAAAAGGGCCUUGGGUGCUUCCCAAUAUGUGUCCUUGCCUCCUCCACUUGUGCUUGUCUCCUCGUCCCGCCUCCUGGCCCCUCCUCCGUGGAGAAAACGAUAAAGUUUCCCAGCUGUCAGCCUCGCCACAACAACUUUUGAGGGACUGUUUUUCAUUCACCAUCCCAAUUGCAAAUGAGAAAAAGACUUUACAAUUGAGCUUUUGCAAGAUAUUGAAAUAUAAUGCUGUUGUCAGUGAUGUCAUCAUGACGAGAAGCAAGUGGAGGAGGCAAGUGGAGGAGGCAAGGUCACAUAUUGGGAUGCACCCCUUAUGUUACUCGGAUGAACCUGCUCACGUCCAUGUUGUCAUCACGGUUUGCGGAGAAAGUUGGUUUGGUUCCCAAACGCUACGUGUGGCGUGAACACUCCAGCAGGUUCAAGAUUAGGUGCGGGAAUGAGAACGAACACAGGCAUGGUUUUUGUCAGCCUGAACGUGCCUUAUGUGGAGAUUGGGCAGUACUGCGCCCCCAUGCAUGGGCUGAGAGGGGGCAUCUACCAAUCAACAAGGAGAAAAGACGAGUAGUUAUAAUGCAGUAUUGAGAAAAUGACGAUGAGGAAGUGCCUUGCUAACAAGCUAAUGCUAACCAAUCAUAUCCUGACACUCUUAGUUCAAACAAUGUUCAUAUUCUUUUUCAUCAGCGAUUUCACCGCCUGAUAGCAGCAAUACGCCGGCGUUUCAUUCAGUACAAUAUCUAAUAUGAGCACAGAACUAUUUACAGAUACCUUUGACCUAUAUGAACUGUAGACUGCAGUGGGAGUGGAUAAAUGUACCCAAUUCAAUUCUGUGAACAUUUGCAUAUUUUUCUUUCUGUUUUAUUUUUUUCACUGUUGGCCAAAUAUGGAUGCGUUUUAUGUGUUUAAGAGGUUUUAUGCAAAAUACUUGCAAUUUGUAAAACUCCUGAAUAAAAAUGUACUUGCCCAACCUGUGUGGGGCACUAC